AAUAAUAUCUCUCCAUAGCUGAUUCUGAGCUUUCGCUGCUAUUCAGAACAGAACAGAAAAAAAAUGGCAAUUCUGAACUUCAAUUGCGUGGCAUUUGCAGCCACACCCAUCUCACCAGAUUCUUCAACUCCUUCUUCUCAACCCUCGCAGGAUCCAAGGCAAACCAAGGUUAUUCUUCCAAAGAAAAAGCCUAUGAAAUGGUCCACUGGGGUGGCUCCUGGUGAAUACGGUGGUCCUCCGGCCACCACCAAGCUCCGCAAGUACUGGGGAGGCGAGGAUCAAGACCCUUUGGCCUCUGAUGACUUUAUGUGGAACAAAGACUUUGUGGGUCGCUUUAAAAGGUUGAUUGAGGAUCCUCAACCUUCUCUUCAACCCCCUACUCCAAAGUUCCUUGAACAGGAAGAGCCUUCUGGGUUUCUAAGCUUAAACAGAGUCAUGAGCCUUGACAGUUUGGAAGUUGAUUUGAGCAAAGAACUCUCAGCUCCUGCAAAUCAUAAUCUAGACCAGCAAAUCGAGGCAGCAGCUGAUGUGAAUGUAAGCAAGAGGGUAAGAUGGAAACUGGUACCAACACGCCGUGAGCAAGAAAAAUGGGAUAGAGCUACCAAGGCUGCAACUGGAGGAAGUGAUGUGAUGUUUCGGGAAUUAAGGCGAUCUCGUGAAGAUCCAGAAGUAUUGGCUGUUCAAUCUGAGGAGCAGUAUGCCAAGUUAAAGAAGAAAAUGCAAAUCCUUACAUUGGGUAUAGGUGGUGUUGGUCUGGUUUCCGCAUAUGUUUCUUAUACUCCUGAGAUUGCAGCUAGCUUUGGUGCUGGCUUUCUUGGUUCUUUGGCAUAUAUUCGGAUGCUGGGAAGUAGCGUGGACGCGCUAAAAACGAAUGGUGCAAAGGGCCUUGUCAAGGGAGCAAUUGGGCAGCCAAGAUUGCUAGUUCCUGUUAUAUUAGUCAUGGUUUUUAACCGUUGGAAUGGGAUUCUCGUUCCCGAAUUUGGAUUUAUGCAGUUACAAUUGAUACCAAUGCUAGUGGGUUUUUUCACAUACAAGAUUGCAACUUUUGCUCAAGCUAUAGAGGAUGCGCUUACUGUAGCUGUUAAAAAGACCUAAAUGUCAGAUGAGGUUCUUUCUCGGACGACGUGUUUUCAAAGAACUAGGAACGUGAAAAAGGUGGUUAGCAGACGUCAAGAGCAGCGCGAUUGACUAACGUUUGGGAUUAUUCAUGUAUGGUUGUGUUUCAAAUAAAUUAUGUAUUUGAGUUGAAAAUAUUAUUGGUACCGCUGUAUAUAAGUUAUAGAAGGUCAUGUCGUUAAAGGUUUGGAUAUAUUGCAUACAAUAAAGUAUGUCUGUAUGUUUCAAGUUUGCUGUGAGUAAGUGGGAAUAUAUGGAUAGAUUCUGAAGAUGCUACAUGAAUAUGUAUGUAUAAGUUAUGUCUGGAUAUGAGGUUUAAGAAUUUGGAUA